AAAUGUGACACCACAGGAAGUUGCUGUACUAGCCUAGCUUGGUGCACUGUUUUUAAAGCUCUCGCUAGCUGGUUUUCAAACAUUCACUCUGAAGACAUGAAGCCGGCAGUGGAUGAAAUGUUCCCUGAGGGAGCAGGACCGUAUGUGGAUCUGGAUGAGGCAGGGGGCAGUACUGGGCUGCUGAUGGACUUGGCUGCUAAUGAGAAGGCCGUGCACUCAGACUUCUUCAACGAUUUUGAAGACCUCUUCGAUGACGAUGACAUCCAGUGAUGAAAAUUGUGUCCUGUGAAGCUCUACAUGUCGUGUUCUUCGCUAUUUUUCUCCUCUGUAUAAAGUCCGCUUUAUGAUGUCGGGUUUAUUUUGUUGUCAAUAAAAUGUUUUGUGAAAAAUGAAAAA